UAAAGCUAGCCAGGGGCUCCUUUUUCUCCCCAAAAACAGAGUCAUCUAGAGUGUGAUCUGAUCGAGAUGGGUAUGAGUCGUGCUGCUAUUUCUGCGCUUAAGACUUUUGCUUCUUCUGGGAAUACACCACUUUCUUCCACUUUCAGUAGGCACCUGCAUGCUUCUGCUGGAAGCAAGAAAAUCGUGGGUGUGUUUUACAAGGCCAAUGAGUAUGCUGCCAUGAAUCCCAAUUUUGUGGGUUGUGUGGAGGGAGCUUUGGGCAUUCGUGAGUGGCUCGAAUCACGAGGUCACCAGUACAUCGUCACCGAUGACAAAGAAGGACCAAACUGUGAGCUUGAGAAACACAUUCCGGAUCUCCACGUCCUCAUUUCUACCCCCUUCCACCCGGCCUACGUUACGGCAGAAAGGAUAAAAAAGGCCAAGAAUUUGCAGCUUCUUCUCACUGCUGGGAUCGGCUCUGAUCAUAUUGAUUUGAAUGCUGCUGCUGCUGCUGGAUUAACAGUUGCAGAGAUUACUGGAAGCAACACCGUCUCUGUUGCAGAAGAUGAGAUGUUGAGGAUUCUCGUUCUUGUCCGGAACUUCUUACCUGGACACCAUCAGGCUAUUAGUGGGGAAUGGAACGUUGCGGCUAUUGCUCACAGGGCUUAUGAUCUGGAGGGAAAGACAGUUGGAACUGUUGGUGCUGGACGGAUUGGGAGACUUUUACUUCAACGUCUGAAGCCUUUUAACUGUAAUCUCCUUUAUCAUGAUCGUCUCAAGAUGGACCCUGAACUGGAGAAGCAGAUCGGGGCAAAGUUUGAGGAGGAUCUGGAUGCAAUGCUUCCCAAAUGUGACAUAAUUGUCAUCAAUAUGCCCCUCACUGACAAGACAAGAGGGUUGUUCGACAAAGAUAGGAUUGCGAAGUGUAAGAAGGGAGUUUUGAUUGUUAACAACGCUCGAGGAGCAAUCAUGGACACACAAGCAGUUGCUGAUGCUUGCAAUAGUGGACAAAUUGGAGGUUAUGGUGGCGAUGUUUGGUACCCGCAACCAUCUCCAAAGGACCAUCCAUGGCGUUACAUGCCAAACAAUGCUAUGACCCCUCAUAUUUCUGGUACCACCAUCGAUGCACAGCUACGAUAUGCUGCUGGAGUUAAGGAUAUGCUUGAGAGGUACUUCAAGGGUGAAGACUUUCCUGCACAAAACUACAUUGUGAAGGAGGGUAAAUUGGCAAGCCAGUACCAGUGAAACCGUACGUGCUUGUGGUUUGCGCAGCUUGCUAGUUUGUCGUCUGCGGGGCAUAUAUGUGUCUGCAAUAACAUAAUCCCUUUUGGAUUUUAAAACCUUUCUUCUUGUCUUCAUAUACCAUUGGUGUAAAGAUACGAAGAGAAUGUAACUUCCAGUGGGUUUUGAUUCUUGAAAGAAUAAUUAUAUGCAAGCUACAAGGUUUAGUUUUA